CCAUUUCAUAUGUCCUUAAAUACUUGCUAUGGUCUGCUUAUUCAAAACCACGAUUAUUUAUUAGUGCUUUAGGAUUAAUUGGUUUAUGGAUCGCACUUAUUAAACAACAGUUAAUGAAAUCACCAUUAGAUCCAUUGGUUCAUAUAGCUCCAAAUGUAUUAGAUGAAGUGAAAGAACUAUAUGUUCCAGAAAUGCCUAUUAUGGUCGAAAAUGGUUUGGCAUGUCGAUAUCUUGCUAUAACAAUUCGAAAUAUGGAUCAAAUUGAUCAAAAUCUUCGAAAAAAAAUUUCAGAAUCAUUAAAUUCAUUGGAUAUUCGUGUAAAUGAAGCCACUAAAAUAUAUGCAGAUUUUAGACAUGAAGCUAUAAUUUUUUCACGAACAGUUUUUGAUAGAAUGAAUGCAAUAGAUGAACAAUUAGCAAAGAAUGAGAAAAGUGAAAAAGCUACUGAAAUUAUACAAAAACAUCUUGAU